CCUUCAACAUUUAUUCUGUUUGAAAUCCCAGGGAUGCAAGGCCAACAUGUUUGGAUUGUCAUCCCCUUCUGCUCCAUGUAUGUCCUUGCUCUGAUGGGAAAUGGUACCAUCCUGUACAUCAUUAUGACAGACAGAACUUUGCACGAGCCAGUGUACCUUUUCCCGUGCCUGCUUUCCAUCACUGACCUGGUACUUUGUUCGUCUACAUUGCCCAAAAUGCUAACAAUCUUCUGACUUUGGUCUCACAUGAUUUCCUACUAUGGCUGCCUCACCCAGAUGUUUUUUGUUCAUGGAGUCUUUGCCACAGAGUCAGCUGUUCUGUUGGCCAUGGCUUUUGAUUACUAUGUGGCCAUCUGCUGUCCACUUCAUUAUGCAUCCAUCCUCAAUGCCACCAUGAUUGGGAAGGUUGGUGUAGCAUGUGUGAUUCAUGGUCUUCUCUUUGUUUUCCCCUUUGUCAUCUUCAUUGAACGCUUACCCUUCUGUGGACGUCACAUCAUUCCUCACACCUACUGUGAGCACACGGGCAUAACCAAGCUUGCCUGUGCCAGCAUCAAGCCCAACACCAUUUAUGGUCUCACUGUGGCACUUUCAAUCACUGGCAGGGAUGUGGUCCUCAUUGCCUCCUCUUGCCUCCUGAUCCUGCUGACUGUGCUGCGCUUGCACUCUAAGGAUGCUCAGCUCUGAGCAUUUAGUACUUGCAGAGCCCACAUUUGUGUGAUUCUUAUUUUCUAUAUUCCUGCCUUUUUUUUUUCCUUUUUCACUCACCGUUUUGGCCACCAAGUACCCCCUCACGUCCACAUUGUACUUGCAAAUCUCUCUCCUUGUGCCUCCUGUUCUCAACCCCCUGGUCUAAGGCAUCAACACCAGACAGAUUCGCCUGAGACUAUUUGGCUUUUUUUAUGAGGAGGAGGUAACUAUACUCUCUACAUGCACAGAGAAUUAAUGGAAAAAGUUAUAAUUAAUCUUUUACUUUCUUUAGCACCUCUUAUCCCUGGACUAGAGGUUUCUACUUCUGC